AUGCAGUCCGCCUCCAGCGUUUCCUCCCGCUCCCAGCGAAGUCCGUCAGCCCAGCAUUUCCCAUCCGGUUCAGGGAGCAGUGUGGAAUCCGCCAUGACCUCCGCACCACGCAGUUCGUCGAGCUCGACGAGAUCUCAAUCCUCAAAGAGCGUGGUACCCGAGAAACAGAUCAACCAAAUCGAAAAGAGUGUCACCCAUCUGCUGGUCGCCACGAAGCAACUGCUAGAGACACUGACACAGUGGUCCCGCCGACAAGCCUCAGAGAAUGAAGUGUCAGACGUCUACGUACGGCUGGGCUAUGAGUUCAACCUGGCUUGUCGCGCCUUCAAUGCCAUCGGAGUUGACACCUCAGAUCUUGGCCCCGUACCCGACCUCCUGCGUACGAUCCUCGAAGAUACUCUUAGCCAAGAUGCAUCCCCACAGAGUCUCGAGCGCUACCUCCCUCGAGUUCGCGACAUCAUCAUUAACCUCCUACAUGGACUCAAGAAAAAGCAGGCUCGACUACGUGCGCGGCAACAGAAGGAGGAAAGUAGGCCAUUGCCCGGUCGGCAUACAAGUGCAAGUAGUGCAACUUCGGCACAGGCGGCGUUGAAUCAAGCAUAUGAGGACACUGCCUCCACGGUAACGUCUCCGAAGCGAUCGACUCGGCGAUUUGGCAGUAAUGGCUCUAUGGAGGAUCCUUCCAUGGCCCGGGCGUCUUCGGCGGCAUCGGCUGAUGUGCGAGGAGCGAGCUAUUCCGAACGAGAUGCGUCGAGGCGCGAGGCACAAAACAUUCUGUCGCAAGGAUCUCAACCAGAAUCUGGUGCAACUCCCAAGGGCUCCGUGACUUCGAUCAACGCGCCACCUUAUCCCACACCGCCCCCUCCGCCCGCCCCGAAACAAGACGAUGCUCUCGGUGCUCUGCAGAGAAGCGGGGAGCUGGAACGUCGGGCCUCGCGAAGGUUCUCGGCCUAUCAGAUACAAAAACAUCUGGGAACUUCUUCAAGCGGUGUUCCAGUCCUUCCGACCCAAAAUUCCCCGAUCCCGAAUCGAGGGCGUGAUGUUCGGGAGUCGCUGAACGCUGUGCGUCUACGCGGGUCAGUCCAUGGACGACAGCGAUCGACAAAUCGGCUGCAGGACGCAAAGGUCGCUUCACAGGCGCCUUCGAGCGUUCCCAGUAUCGAAGAGGAGCGCCCAAAAUCUCGCGUUGGGUCACCUGCAGAACUUCCAGCGGAGGGCGCUACUGCCGCCAAAGACAAGUCUGUUGAACGCCCUGGAAGUGGACCGGCAGAUCACCCGGCUAUUGGACGGCAGCCCGAUCUCCCACGACCUUCUGAAGAGCCGUCCCUCGCGGAGGCAUUUGAACCUGUAAAGGAUGCUGCCCCUACCGCGGCUGCCCGCCCAGGAACGCCUAAAUCUGAACGUCAGGAGCCAGCUGUGUCUGCUUCUACUCCACCUCAAUCAGUCCAAUACUCCCCUGAGCAGCAGUCCCCAGGCAAGGAGCUCACUCUAUUCCUCCAAUACAGAAGCAAGAUCAAGAAAUACGUUCUCCCAGAAGGAUAUACUGGCCUUACUAUCGGGAGACUGCAGCUAGCUUUUAUUGAGAAGUUCGCUUGGAACACCCACAACAACGGGGUUGACUUGCCGGAAAUCUAUAUUCAGGACCCAGUAUCAGGGGUCCGGCACGAGCUGGAGGAUCUGGCUGAUGUCAAGGACCGAUCUGUGUUGGUGUUGAAUGUUGAUAUUCUGGAUGAGGUCAAGAAGCAUUUUGACGAUGAAUUCGGUGGAGUCCGUCGCAUGAUCGAAGGUGUUAAAGGGGCCCUCGAGGGCCAAGAAAGCAUGAUGCAACGUGUGUCGGACCGUCAACUGGAAGCUGCGAAAGAAAUGGCUCGCCUUGCUGCUGCGCCUCCUGUGCCUGUCGCAGCUACCGCCAAGACUGGCGAAACCCGGAAGGGUCCUAUUGCGGGGAGCGACAGUCAAAUCGCCGAGCUUCAGAGUUUGCGACGUGACCUUGCUGUACUACGUCAGACGUACUCGAACUUCACCGCCGAUAUUGCAAGCUCAAUGAGCGCGAUCCGUACCAAAGCAGGUGGACUGAAGACGGCUGCAGCUAACGUCACCGUACCGUCGUUCGAAGGCGAUGCAGGCCGUGUGCGUGUGAAUUCUGGGAAGAAGGAGCUUGCCGAAGAGUCAGAACGUCUUGUGGCGCGGGUUGAUGACCUCCAAGAUUUGGUUGAGGAUCUCCGCAAAGAUGUCGUGACUCGUGGUGUCCGACCGCUCCCCAGGCAACUGGAGUCGGUGAGUAAGGACAUCAGCGCCGUCACCAAGGAGAUCAAGAAGAUGCAAGAUUUCCUUAAGCGGGAGAAACCCGUCUGGACCAAGAUCUGGGAGAAGGAACUUCAGCAAGUCUGUGAGGAGCGUGACCAGCUUACUAUGCAAGAGGACCUCGCAGCUGAUCUUCAGGAUGAUCUGGAGAAGGCAGCUCAGACUUUUGCACUUGUUGAGCAGGCCACAAAGCAGCAGGCGAUGCAGAACAAUACAGGCGGUCCCACAUUGCGCAACACCUCGCGGAAUGUUGUGAUUGAUCCGGCUGUGGAUCCCAUGAAGGCCAAAGACAGCGUCUUGGGUGAGGUGCGCGCCUUGCAGCCGAACCAUGAAUCUCGCUUGGAAGCGAUUGAGCGGGCAGAGAAGGCACGCCAGAAGGAGCUGGAGACUCGCCGUAUCGGGCUUUUCCAGAAGGAGCUCGGAGCGUUUGUCGAGGAAGGCAAGUUGAAGAAGAGUGGUGGUGUGGAGGAGGCCGAAAGACUCCGUCGGGCCAAAGAUGACCGCAUUCGCAAGGAGGUCUGGGAGAGACAACAGGCCAGGGCGGCCGAAAUGGAAAAGGCAGAAGCAGAAGCCGCUGCAGCGCAAGCGGAGCAGGCUGAGGAGCCAGCCGAAGACGCAGAGGCCGCAGAGGCGGAGCCUGAUGCAGACAUGGCUGAAGAGGCAAAUGCUGAGAAGGAGGACUCUGGAAAGGAGGAGGAAGUAACUAUGGUCAAAGGAAAGUCUCCGGUUCCGGAAGACUCGGAUGAAGCAGAAGAAGAGCAAAGGGAAACGUUCCUUGAUGCCGAGGAGCACGAGGAAACCGACAAAGAAGCAACCACUGCGCAUGAACAGAAGCCGGAUCAUGAGCAAUAG